AGCGAGGAUUCCAUCGUGGUGAUGCUCAUGGGCGUUACGGGAGCUGGGAAGAGCACGUUCAUUUCCUUAUUGGCGGAGCAGCCGGUGCAGGUUGGGCACUCGCUUCAAUCAUGCACUGUCGACAUCGGAAUCUACAGCUUCGUGGAUCGUGACAGCGGGCGGACCGUCUACCUUGUCGACACGCCAGGCUUCGACGACACGGCGCGGUCCGACACCGAGAUCCUUCGGGACACGGCACUGUUCCUUGCCAUGCUGUACCGGCGGCGGGUGCGGCUCGCGGGCCUCGUGUACCUGCACCGCAUUACGGAUCCGCGCAUGCAGGGCACCACGCUCAAGAGCCUGGAUUUGUUCAAGAAGCUCUGCGGGCCGCGCGCCCUACCCGCCGUCGUGCUCGCCACAACCAUGUGGCCCGCCCUAGAGGCAGCAGCACCAAGACGAACAUCUGACCGAGACAGAGAACUGGCUGCAGGCGUGGGCCAACAGCGCGAGAGCGACCUCCUGAAGGCUAAGUUCUGGGGCGAGAUGGUGAAGGGCGGAAGCCGGAUGGUGCGGCACGACGGGACGGCCGUAUCGGCACACGCCAUCGUGAGAAGUCUAGUUGGCAUUGGAGGAGGGGGCGUUGUUCUGGACAUACAGGUCCAGCUCGUGGACGAAGAGCGAACGUUGGACGCGACUGCGGUGGGCCAGUUGGUGCAGCGCGAGAUGGCCGAGGCGCGGUGGCGGUUCGAGGCGGAUCGCGGCGAGUACGUGGCCGGCAUGGAACAGGCGUUGGCCGACAGUGAUGCUGCGACGUUCCGCGAGCUGCGCGCCGAGAAGGAGGCCCUCGAGGCGCACGAGGUUCGCCGCGCUGCUGACGCCAAGAACCUCGCCGUGUCGCUCCGCCAGCUCGCCCUCGAGAGCAGCGGCCGCUACCAGGCCAUAGAGAGUGGUGUGCAGCAGCAGCAGCAGUUUCAGUUCCAGGGGUUCGAUGAGGAGCAAGGCGAUGCGCCGUCAUUGUCGGGCGAGCUGCUGGCGAUGCAGAGCCAGGCACUGCGAGUGCAGCGGGAGCUCCGCGAGAGCUUCGCCCGCCGGCAGGAUGCAGACACGCGCAACCUCCUGCACAGCUACCAGGUCGAGAUCGAGGCCGAGAAGGAGCGCGCGCGCGCCACCGAGAACGCCAUGGCUCUGCGGAUGGAGCAGGCCAGGCGCGAGCAGAGGCAGACGGCCAGGAGCAUGCGCCAGAUCCAGAGACAGCGGGCCAGGAGCCAUAACGCCGUGACCAGCACCAUAUACCGUACCAUUAACGAGACCUUCACCGCGUUCGUGCCGGCUGCUGGCGUCAGAGACGCCCAAGUGCCCGCGGGCAAUGGUGAUCGGAACGCUCGGAGCAGUCGCCCGGAUGACGCCAGGUAUCGACAGUCCGGUAGCCAAUAAUUACAUUGAGAAAAAUGAAGACUCUGGAACUUGCUUGAAAU